AUGUCGCCUCCACCAGAUGAAGCAUCCUCUGGAGGCUCCACGGCCGUGACGCACACCCAGCUUGAAUAUCCUCCUUAUCGGGAACCAUCGUACGAAGUGGCCGUUGUCCAAAGCACCAACAUUGCCAAAAUGAUUGUUUCCAUAUUGGAACGCUCCCCACGAGAUCCUCAAUCCCGCCUGCUUGCAGAGGCCAAGCGAUAUGCAGAGUACCAGAUGCCGCACGAGCGACUCAUUGGCUUUAUUGGGAAUUCUGGCGCCGGGAAAAGCAGUACUCUCAACUCUCUUUUCGAUCAGGAUGGCCUUGCCAGGACUGGUGCAUGCGGCUCUGCAGUGACCGCUUUCGCCACUGAAUUUCGGUUUCGUCAACCAGGGCAGGGUGCCCCCUUCACAUUGGACAGCACGUUGAUGGUCGGACACGAGCUGGGACAAUAUAUGGGCGAUCUCCUGAGUGACUUCCGGCGCGCUUCAUCGUUCGACAAAACAGAAUCCGAGGAGAGCAAUGAGAAAAUCUAUGAGAAUGGUAAAGCAGCAAGUGACACCUUUGAGGCAAUCCUCGGAGGAAUGGACAAUUUCGAUAAAGAGCGGCUCAACUGCGAAGACUUAGGCGACGCCAAAAGCUAUUUGAGGGAAUUGUGCAGCGAAUUGCAGUUUCCCGACAACAUGAAUCGAGAGGGCAGGUGGGUGGAAGAAUCACAAGAUGUAGACGGAUGCGAAGAUUACCAAGCACUACUCCAGGACCGUGGUCUCUGGCCCCUGGUGAAAAGUCUUUCCAUCUUCGCCGAUAUUGCCAUGCUUAGGCAUGGGCUCACAUCCGUUGACCUACCAGGAUUUAAUGAUACUAACCUCGCCAGGAUCAGGGCCGCAAGAAAGGCUCAGUCAAAAUGCGAUGAUACUUGUAUCAUUGCGGAGAUGUCUCGAGUUUGCGACGUACCCAUCGUUCCACAACAAUUGGAACUGCUCAGGGCCAAGGCGGAGGCCCAGAAGUCUACGACACCUGCCAUAAUCAUAUGUACCAAGUCGGCCGCAGAUCUGGAAAGAAAUCGGACUGUGCAGAAACUGGUCAACCCACUCAAGCUCGAGUUUGCCAAAAUCCAGGUGAGAAAAGCCAGAAAGGGAGACGAGACAGCGAAGAAAAGUGCGGCGGCCGGAAUGCAGGCUCUUUUCAUCACUGCUCGGAAUGAGAAGGUGACGAAAGAUUUGCAGAAAAAAUACGGCACAUACGUGAAGGGUGGGGUCAAAGUAUUCUGCGUUGAUAACCCCAUGUAUUGGGAUGCCACGACAGACGAAGAACGAGAGCUGAGUGGCAUUCCGGCUCUCCGACAAUACCUAGCGGAUCUCCCGGCAGAGUCCUUAUUUAAAGCAACAGAUCUUUUUCUGGCUAAAAAGAUUCCUGCACUUGUCUCAUCCUACGGUAAUUGGGUGGACAGCUGCAGAAUCGACCUUGAGCUUGAAGACCGUCCACAGCUUCCCGAAGCACGUAAGCUGCGGCAGUGUCUGGGCACACUCCGGGAUUGGGCAACUAAGAUGUUUGGGGUCUUCGAAGAAUGUUUCGACACGCCAUUGAGAGAAUCCUCGGAAUUGAUCAGCGCAGCCUGUCUCAAAGUCUCCCAGGACUGGGAAAAAUGGCCCUCUGGCUCAGUAAACUUGUGCUUCAGGAAUGAUGGAAUCUCUACGGGAGGGAUAAUGGGCUCCAGGAAUUGGAACAACGAACUGGGUCUAAUCUUCAACGAGCUGGUUAUGGGACAAAGCUGGCACCACUUUGAAGUCGCAACUGAUUCGCUUCUAAACGAAUUCGGGAACAUCAUUGCAUUCUUUGAGGUGUACGCAAAGCAAUGUUCUGAUUUACAGGCCCCUGCCAAUUUCCAGAACUCACUUACCGCAAGGCUGGACGUUUUGAAAAGCACGUUUGAAACAGAAAAAAAACGAUAUCUCUCUGUCGUGGGAAAGAUAAGAUUCCAUGCAAAUGGAGGGCACCAGGACUCUUAUAUUAUGGAUUGUAUGCUUGACACGUAUCAGGACGCUCGAAGAGUUUCAGGUUCCGGCUCAGUGAGGAAACGCCUUACGAUUCUGCAAAGCCGGGUCGGUAGUGGGCAAUUUGUCGAUGCUUUCAGGACUCACCUCUUCGACGAGUUUCGAGGCGCCGUCGACAAUGUGUUAGGCAAGCUCAAGAUAGCAUUGGAAAGAGAAAUCGAGGCCGUCGAAUCUGAUCUGGAAGCUAUUCAGCCCUCAAUCGAAAAUCAGAAGUUGUUCAAGGUCGAUCCAGAUUACGGAGAAGUGUGCGAGUUUGUUCUGACGAAAGUGAUCAAGCAGCUAGAGGAGGUGGAUGACUUGGCUGAAACUGCACGAGCAAUGGCUAGGGAGCGCUAUGGCUGA